UGCAAUUACUCUGUGGAACUCCCUGCCACAUGUGGAGCUAGGUUUCCUAGAGAGGGGCCAGCCCAGGCCUCCCGAUCCAGGGAGGGGUUGACCCCAACUCCCAGAGCUGGGGGAGCCGCGCUGGGGCCUCUAGGGGGUUGUGUUUCUCCCUGGGGGGCACCUGGGCUAGAUGGGGAGAGAGAGGGAAAGAGGGAGAUGGCAAAGGGAAAGAAAGAAAGAGGUAGUUAGGUAAGUGGAGGAACAGAAAGAGAAAGAAAUAAGAUGAAGUGAUGAUAGAAAGAAGACAAAUUGAAGUGAAAGAACAAGAAGAAGAAAGGUGGAGUGCUAAAGAAAGGAAGAGAGGGAGCGAUAAAAGGAAAAAGAAAAGAACCAGACAGAGAAGCGGAGUGAUGGAAAGAACCAGAGAAGCGGAGUGACGGAAAGGAAAAGAGGGAGUGAGGAGGAACUGAAAGAGGGAUGUAGCCUGCAGAAGGGAAGUGGCUCUGGGCUGGCCGAGGGAGGAGUCUGGGUCCCCCGGGGGUCGGUCGCUGGGAGCCGGGGCUCCAGCCCCACGUGAGAACGAGGGAGUGAGCCAGAGAGACGGACGGAGAGAAACACACUGCCGGGGAGCAGAAACCCCCUGGCAGAAGGAGAGCUCCGCGCUGGAAGGAGGGAGCGAGAAAGUCCUCGAGGGAGGAGUGCCGGGCAAGAGAGCCUUGUAUAACCUCUGGGCUAGCGAGUGAGAGGUGCAGAGGGAGAACUGGGCGCCAGAAAGGGGGAGCAAGAAAAGCCCCCGGGGAGGAAAGAAGUCCCAGAGAAUUCCCAGCUGGAAGGAGAAUAUCCCCGGGCUGGCGAGCCCCUUGUAACUGGAGCAAGGGAAGGAAGCAGGCGGCGAGAAGGAGGAAGCCGAGCGAGAUCAAACCGGUCUUGGGUUUCCACGCUGCGCGCUCUCCCCUCCUCCGCCGAGGAUAGGACGGAAGAGGGGAACGAGUAAACAAGGAGGGACAAGUGCUGAGAUUUCGCGAGCAGGGGGCCGGAGGGGCCGGUUCCACAGACCUCGGACUGGACCGCACCAGAACCAGUCCCCGGUCCGGUUCUGGAAGGAGCCUAGUACCAGCGCCGUCAGAAUCAGAGUGCCAGGUACAGAACUGGACCAGUUCUAGGGGACAAGAGCCCAGAACUCGUGUGAGAGAGAACUGGACCUGCAUGUCUGGCCCCAGAAUCAGAGGCCCAGAACCAGCCUGGAUCUAAGGGUACCAGAUCCAGAGUGUAAAACAGAACAGUCCCAGUCCAGAACCAACUGGGUUCUAGGAGAUUCAGACAGAGACAGAACCAGUCCAGUUCCAGGGACUCCAGAACCAGAGAGAGAGAACCAGCUGGGAAUCCAGACCUAGACUGAGGCAAGACCAACCCAGUCCCAGGGAGUCGAGAACCAGCUGGGUUCUAGAGGAUCUGAACCCAGAACCGGCCCAGUUCCAGGGACACCAGAACCAACUGGGUUGUAGGAGAUCUGAGUGCAGAACAACAGCGACAGAACCGCCUUGGGAUCGAAGCCUAGAACCAAGAAGACAGAACCAGCUGGGGACUAGGGAGCCAGAGCCCAGAACCAGACCAGGAGGGAAAUACACAGAACCGCCCUGGUUCUAAAAGACCUGAGACCACAACCAGCAGGACAAAACUGCUCUGGUUUUAGAAGAUCUGAGUCCAGAACCAGCCCAGUUUCCAGGCAUACGUGUCCAAUACAAGUGACUCCAGAGCAGCCCACUCUGGAUCGGUGCCUGGUGUUCCCCAGCACCAUCUGGUCUGGUCCCCUACCAUGGAGGAGGGUGCGCGGCGCCGGGGUGGUUCCGAGAAGGCCACAGAUGGCCCGGAUCAGCCGGCAGAGGGUGGCGUGGGGCUCAAGAAAGAGAUCGGGUUGGUGAGCGCUUGCGGCAUCAUCAUAGGUAACAUCAUCGGGUCGGGGAUCUUCGUGUCGCCAAAGGGCGUGCUGGAGAACGCGGGCUCCGUGGGGCUGGCGCUGCUGGUGUGGAUCAUCACGGGGCUGAUCACGGCCGUGGGAGCGCUGUGCUACGCCGAGCUGGGCGUCACCAUCCCCAAGUCCGGCGGCGACUACGCCUACGUCAAGGACAUCUUCGGGGGGCUGGCCGGGUUCCUGCGGCUGUGGAUCGCGGUGCUGGUGAUCUACCCCACCAACCAGGCCGUCAUCGCCCUCACCUUCGCCAACUACGUGCUGCACCCGCUCUUCUCCACCUGCCUGGCGCCCGAGAGUGGGCUCCGCCUCCUGGCGGGAGUGUGUCUGCUGCUGCUGACGUGGGUGAACUGUGCCAGCGUGCGCUGGGCGACACGGGUGCAGGACGUCUUCACGGCCGGGAAGCUGCUGGCCCUGGCGCUCAUCAUCAUCAUGGGCAUCGUGCAGAUCUGCAAGGGGCACUACUACUGGCUGGAGCCGCGACACGCCUUCGAGGCCUUCAUGCCGGUGGACGUGGGGAUGGUGGCUCUGGCCUUCCUGCAGGGCUCCUUCGCCUACGGUGGCUGGAACUUCCUCAACUAUGUCACCGAGGAGCUGGUCGACCCCUACAGGAACCUGCCACGGGCCAUCUUCAUCUCCAUCCCCGUGGUCACCUUCGUCUACGUCUUCGCCAACGUGGCCUACGUCACCGCCAUGUCGCCCCAGGAGCUGCUGGCCUCUAACGCCGUGGCCGUGACGUUCGGGGAGAAGCUGCUGGGUGUCAUGGCCUGGAUCAUGCCCAUCUCCGUGGCCCUGUCCACCUUUGGGGGUGUCAACGGCUCCCUCUUCACCUCCUCCCGGCUGUUCUUCGCAGGAGCCCGUGAGGGCCACCUCCCCAGCCUGCUGGCCAUGAUCCACAUGCGGCGCUGCACCCCAAUCCCUGCCCUUCUCUUCACCUGCCUGUCUACGCUGCUGAUGCUGGUGACGAGCGACAUUUACACCCUGAUCAACUAUGUGGGGUUCAUCAACUACCUGUUCUAUGGGGUGACCGUGGCUGGGCAGAUCGUGCUGCGCUGGCGCCAGCCCCACAUGGCGCGGCCCAUCAAGGUCAGCCUGUUCUUCCCCGUCGUCUACCUGCUCUUCUGGGCCUUCCUGCUGGUCUUCAGCCUGUGGUCGGAGCCGGUGGUGUGCGGUGUGGGGCUGGCCAUCAUGCUGAGUGGGGUGCCCGUCUAUGGGCUGGGCGUGGCCUGGCACCGCAAGCCACCCGCCGUCUACACCUGCCUGGCGGCAGUGACGCGCGUGGCCCAGAAGCUGUGUGGGGUGGUGUACCCUGAGAUGGAGCCCCCCAACCCUGACCGCACCGAGCAGCUGGAACCCAUGUGCAACACCGGGGACCCCAACCAGCCCCACGACUGAGCCCCCACCCUGCCAUGGACUGCACCCCACAGCGCCUGCCCCUGCCAACGGCCCACUCCCCACAGCCCCCGUCCCGCUCCCCAUGGCCCCCUACAGCCCCCACUCCACUCCCCGUGCCCCACUGCCCAAGGCCCCUUCCCCGCUCCCCACGGCACCCCCUGCUGCCAGAGGUUGGAGCUCCAUCACUCACAGAUGCCUUAACCCUGUUCUCUGGCCCCCGACGUUCGGGGCCCAACUUUGUGGCCUUUCGACCGUUUGUCUCUGGUUUUUGAUGUAAUAAAUACAAUGACCUCAA